AUGAGGGCCUCCACCAGCUGGUACAUCCCAGAAAAGUCUCCGCUCUACACAUCCAUUACCAUGAAAUUUGAUGAAAAUUUAAAAGGCUUUUUUGAUGUCUACCUACAGGAGCAUAUGAGGGCGCAGAGAGAGGGGGCUUCAGCUCUUACUUUCUUCAAACUGACCAAAAAUUUCCUUUCUAUGAUUUCUGAGGGUCAUUCAAUAUCAGCUGUUGCUCUUACUCAAGUCUUUGAAGACGAAAAUAUGGUCAAAAGCUUAAUGGAUUCCCAAUAUGAUCUUGUUCUCACUGACCCAGCCUUAGCUACAGGGGUUGUACUGGCCAAGUAUCUCAAACUGCCCGUGGUUCUCAAUGUUCGCUGGAUCACCAGCGGAGAAGGCCACUUUGUAAUAGCCCCCUCACCACUCUCUUAUAUCCCAGUGCCAGGAUCGGGCUUAACGGACAAAAUGAAUUUCAUCCAAAGGGUCAAGAACAUGCUUUUUCACAGCAUUAUAGAGUUCCAGCAGAAAUUCCUGGUGGGGCCAACCUAUGAUGCCAUUUGUGAUAAAUACAUUGAAGGGGGCUGUGACAUCAUCUCACUUCUUCAGGAAGCAGACAUUUGGCU